GGGUCUCCGCCCAAUCCCUGCGAUAACCCGAUAGGAGAUCACUAUCUUCUCAAAUCGACGAAGAACAAGAUCGAUUACUGUCGGAUACAUGGAAUUGAGAUCGUUUAUAACAUGGCGCAUCUCGAUAAGGAGCUUGCGGGGUACUGGGCGAAGCUCCCGUUGCUCCGGAAGCUGAUGCUUUCGCAUCCGGAAGUUGAGUGGAUCUGGUGGAUGGAUUCGGAUGCCUUGUUUACCGAUAUGGCGUUUGAGAUCCCGCUUUCGAAGUACAAAGGGCGCAAUUUGGUGGUUCACGGGUACCCGGAUUUGAUCUUCGACCAGCAUUCUUGGAUUGGACUGAACACUGGUAGCUUCUUGUUUAGAAAUUGUCAGUGGUCGCUUGAUUUGCUUGAUGCGUGGGCGCCCAUGGGUCCAAAAGGACCGGUUCGAGAGGAGGCGGGGAGGAUAUUGACGGCAAAUCUUAAGGGGCGGCCGGCAUUUGAGGCUGAUGAUCAAUCUGCAUUGAUUUACUUGCUGUUGUCUCAGCAGGAUAAAUGGGGGGAUAAAGUUUACAUUGAGAAUUCAUACUAUCUUCACGGGUAUUGGGCUGGGCUUGUGGAUAGGUAUGAAGAGAUGAUGGAGAAGUAUCAUCCGGGUUUAGGUGAUGAGAGAUGGCCGUUUGUGACUCAUUUUGUGGGUUGCAAGCCUUGUGGGAGUUACGGGGAUUAUCCUGUUGAGAGGUGUUUGAGUAGCAUGGAGAGAGCUUUCAAUUUUGCCGACAAUCAGGUGUUGAGAUUUUACGGGUUUGCUCAUAAAGAGUUGGCGAGUGCAAAGAUUAGGAGGAUUAGGAAUGAGACCGCGAAGCCAUUGGAGGUGAUGGAGAAGCUGGAUCCUCAGGCCAGCAUGACUAGUCGGUGAGAUUGAAGAGAGGGGCGGCGUGAGGAGGCGGUCAGUGCUUCAUUUGGAGGAAAUUAUUGGCUGUUCCCAUUACCAUAUGGAAUAAUCUCAAAGUUUUGAGCAUUGGGCACAUGUGUACUCUGUACGAUCUGGAUUUUGUUGUAAAGAGCAAGUUAGUUUUGGUGAAUGGCUUCUCAGAAAGAGGGGUUUACUGGAGUUCUAUUUGUCGUCUUGUUGCGGAGGAUGAUGAUGGAUGGUAAUAUAUCUUAAGCUCACAUUAUGAUGUUAAAAUUCAGAAUAGGUUCUGAGGACAUAUCCUACCCAGAGAAAAAGAUUUUUGACUGUUUGUAUUUACAGAAUCGUAAAGCAUAUUCUUUUGAUGAUUGCAAUUCAAGCAUUGCCUUGAAUUCAUGAGAAAAGUAUUAGUUUCUACUUUUAUAAACACAGGUCUAUGUUGUGUUUCCUAUGUUAAAUUUGGAAGCUACAUUUGUGGAAUCCCAAACUUACCAUGCAUGUAUUA